UUUAUAUGCAGAUAGCUGCAGCAAUCCAAAUGGAAAAACCGGUGAAUGUAUUUCAAUUUAUGACUGCAGCAGUUUGUUGAAUUCAUUAAAGAAUUUAAGCAGAAGUGCCCAACAGACGAGAUUCAUGCAGGAGUCACAGUGUAGCUUCAGCUCCCCACCCUUUGUCUGUUGUACGUCGGAUAUUGAUUAUGCAGAGGACAGUAAUGAGCUAUUGCCGGUAGGAACACAAUGUGGCCCUCAGUCGAUUGGCAAUAAAAUCUACAAUGGCAACGACACCAACAUUGAUGAUUUUCCCUGGAUGGUGUUACUCGAAUACAGAACCAAAAAAAAUGGAAAUUUGAUAUUGAAUUGUGGCGGAAGUCUUAUCAAUAAGCGUUAUGUUAUAACUGCGGCCCAUUGUAUAAAAGGUGAAAUUGAAACCGUAGUUGGGCCUUUGACCCGCAUCCGUUUGGGUGAAUACGACAUAAAUCAGGAAAUUGAUUGUAUUGCCGAUGAUUGCAAUCAAAAAGUUGUCGAAGUGGGUUACGAGCAGCUAAUACCCCAUCCUCAGUAUGAUGUGCGCAACACCAACAACCAUCAUGACAUUGCACUGAUACGUUUGGAUCGAAAUAUUGAAUACUCUGAUUUUAUACGACCCGUUUGUUUGCCACUGUCAGAAACUCGUGAGGCACCCAUCAAUCCGGGUGAUUUGCUUGUGGUUGCUGGUUGGGGUAGAACUUUAGAGGCUCGCCAAUCAAAUGUGAAAAAACAAUUGGCCAUACCGGUAACCGAUCACAAUGCCUGUACCAGAAAAUACGCCACAAAGAAAGUAAAUCUUAUCAGUUCUCAAUUGUGUGCUGGUGGAGAAUUUGCAAAGGACAGUUGCGAUGGCGAUUCUGGUGGUCCACUAAUGCGCCAAUCACACAUGAAACGUUGGUAUUUGGAGGGUGUUGUCUCAUUCGGUAAUCGCUGUGGUCUAGAAGGCUGGCCAGGUGUUUAUACACGUGUUGUCGACUAUAUACCAUGGAUAAAACAAACUGUUAAGCCUUAA